AUGCAAUCAUUCCUUCUCUGCAAAACCACUACUUAUUCAUUAAGGAGGAAAAAGCUACAAAGGGCACAGCUUCGCAUCAGGGCAUUGAACAAUACAUCGGAGGGGGCCUCUUCACCUGCCAUGAGUUUGUACGAUGUGUUGUCUGUCUCUCAGAGCGUGGAAUUGAAUGAAUUGAAGAAAGCUUAUAGAGAGAAGGUCAGAGUUUACCAUCCACAUGUUUGCCCACCUGGUGAAAGAGAGGAAUCCAGCAAGAUGUUUCUUCAGGUGCAGGAAGCCUAUGAGACUCUGUCUGAUCCCAUUCUCAGGGCUGACUAUGAUUUUAAUCUGCAUUUCAAUCCCCAAAUAAUGUUAUUGAACAAGAGAAAUGGGAGUGUGAGGGAUGGUGCCAAGCAGCAAUGGGCGGAACAACUUUAA